CGGGGACAGUCCAAAUCGUUUUGUUUCGGCUUGGGGGCGUACCCGUGACGCACGGAAACCGACGCCCCAGAUCUGGAUAAAUACCGCCGUUCUCGACCGUUAUAGACACAUCUUCACCGAUUUCGGUUUUGAACACUUCUCUGACACAAAGACGACGCUGAAAAUGUCUCCAAACAUGACCUGUGAAGCUCUCCAGUCUUUUCCUCCACGACUGACUGUUGCCAAACGGAAGGAGGCUCUUGAGCUCAGAAAGACUAUGAAACCGCUGAUGGAGAAGAGAAGGCGAGCUCGUAUCAACGACAGCCUGAACCACUUAAAAAACCUCAUCCUUCCCCUCACAGGCAGAGAUAAAACUCGCUACUCCAAGCUGGAGAAAGCAGACAUCCUGGAGAUGACUGUGAGGUUCCUCGGUGACAUUCCACCUGGUAACAGCAAAAACUCUUCAGACAGCUACAGAGAAGGCUACAAAGCCUGCCUCCAGCGCGUCUCCUCCCUGCUUCCUAAAACCAGCCUGGACCAGGACGCGUGCCAGCGGGUCAACGACUUCGUGCAGCAGUCCAUGUCUGCCACAGUCACCCCAACCUGCCUGAACUGCUGCGCUCAGAGCUCCAGGACUUUCCCUCAGAUCCAGCAGAGGCUCCUGAGCCUGAAAUCCAGCUUCAGCUCCAGACCAGAGCUCCAGUCCCGCAGCGCAGUGGCUCCCAGCAGAGCGCAGUCAGGCCCGCAGGCCGGAAGCGCCGCGAUGUGGAGACCCUGGUAGACUUCAGUGGCUGCUCCUUCUAAAAGCCGCGAAAAGACUUUACUAUGUUUGAUGUGUAGAAAACGUAUUGAGAUAGCACCACUUGUAAAUAUGAACGGUGAUCUACUGAUUUGUUUUCGUCGCUGAAAACCCGGAUUUCAUCCUGAUUACGCAUCGAGUAUUAUAUACUCCGGUUCUGCGCACGAGUCUUUUGUCAUGAGUUGACAAGUUUAGACGGUCGUAUUUUUUUUUAAAUCUGCAUGUAUGUAUACGGUUAAUGUAUUUAGUCCUCUCCGUGGGCUAAGUGAUUAAGGGCCAUUAAAACAGCCCUGUAAGACCCAAGGGGUCAUCUUUGUAUGAAUUUGCACAACAGACAUCAGAGUCCUGAGUCUGUGCAGAUGAACGUCGUAGACAUCAAAUGUCUCAGGAAGUAUCUCUGUUGGGAUGUGUUAUUUUUGCUAUUUGCAGCAAAUAUUGUACAUAUUUUUUUAUACACAAAUAAAACUACGUUGUCGUGGUUACA